AUGGUGAACCACCGUAUUCCUUCGGUCUUCUCCAAGACUUACGUUACCCCACGUCGUCCGUUUGAAAAGCCGCGUCUCGAUGCGGAAUUGAAGAUUAUUGGCCAAUACGGUCUACGCAACAAGCGUGAAGUAUGGCGUGUCAAGUACACGCUUGCCAAGAUCCGCAAGGCUGCCCGUGAGUUGCUCACGCUGGAAGAGAAGGAUGAGAAGCGUCUGUUCCAAGGUAAUGCCUUGUUGCGUCGUCUCGUGCGUAUUGGCGUGCUGGAUGAAUCCCGCAUGAAGCUCGAUUACGUUCUCGGUUUGCGGAUCGAGGAUUUCCUUGAACGUCGUCUGCAGACGCAAGUGUUCAAGCUGGGAUUGGCCAAGUCGUACCAUCAUGCCCGUGUUCUGAUUCGCCAGAGACACAUCCGUGUCCGUAAGCAGGUCGUGAACAUUCCCUCGUUCAUCGUCCGUCUGGAUUCGCAGAAGCAUAUUGACUUCUCGCUGAAGUCGCCGUUCGGCGGUGGUCGCCCUGGUCGCGUCAAGAGGAAGAACCUGAAGAAGGGACAGGGUGGCAGCGGUGGCGCUGAAGAGGAGGAGGAAGAUUAA